UUUGUUCGCCUUACACUAUAUUGGAACCCUGUAAAUACUAGUGCUGCAAAAAAAAACCUAUUAGCCUCAUUUUUUUGGCCAUAGUCCUAGAUCUUCGUCUGCGUAGUUUGUCUUUAGAUGAUUUUUUGCUGUGCUGGAUGAAAAGCUCAGAAUGUCUAAAGUAUUAGGGAAAAUAGGGGAGAAAAAGGGAAAAAAUCUUGGUGGUCAAAACUCAAGCAGGCUACCACCAGCAUUAUCUAUUCCUCAAGUAUUCAUCACAAGUGAAGAUGAUUCAACUCCACCACCGAUUCAUAAGGAAGGUUUUCCAAUUAAUAUGAUGCCACAAGGCCAAGGAUAUACUAAAGAUGAAGAUGCUGCUUCAACUGCCCCGUUACUGGACUCUGGAGCCACCACUCCACUGUGUGAGGAACCAACAGUUCCCUAUGUUAAUAUGGGAACUUUUCUUGCAAGUUCUCAAAAGCUAAAAAAUGAAAUUAGUUCUGAAGAAAUCUGUCUUUCAUCUUUUGAUGCAGACAAAGACUUGGAAACAUGUUCUAAGGAGUCGGAGUGUGACAAUCAACUUAAUCUUCCUGAUUAUCCAUUUGUUAAGUGGCCAUGGAAGUACAUCAGAAUAUUUUCAACCCUCGUCGCUGUUCUGGCGAUUUUGGCCUGUUUUAGUUCCUCGGCAACAUUAAUUGCUCAUUUGCCUCGACGAUGUGAUCCUUCCACUGAAUGGUGGCAAGGAAUUUUCUACGAAAUUUUUCCUGCCUCAUUUAACGAUGCCGACGGUGACGGUGUUGGAGAUCUGCGUGGAAUUACGAUGAAACUAGAUUAUCUGCAAAAGCAAUUACAUGUUGAUGCUUUGCGACUCAGUUCUAUUUGCGAAGCUAACAACUAUCCGGAACAUUACUUGGAUAUUAUCAACGCGUCAAAAGUUGACCCGCAUCUGGGCGAUGUCAAUGAGCUUCACGUCUUAUUAACGGAUCUGGAAAAAAGAAACAUGAGUUUAAUAAUAGAUAUACCCGUCGACCGGAUACCUGGAGUGAUUGGAAGCUCCAAAGUUGCUGACAGACAACACGUUCUGGUGGAAAAUGUAUUGAGAUUUUGGCUUCUUCAAGGCGUCCAUGGAUUUUACCUAAAAGGACUCGAUACGUUCGUUCACCAACCGGAUCUGUGGAAGUGCGUAGCCCAAUGGAAAACACUGGUGGACAACUUUAGCAGUAGGUUUUCAAAACGAAGAGUCUUGGUGGUUUCUUCCGAUUUCAUCCAUCAGUAUUCGCUGCAACAUCCACUGCACGUUCGUAAUGUGUUGAAUCAGGUCGAUCUGCUCGAUCAUAACUUGAAUCUUGAGAGGCCAGCAAGAUUAGAAGAACAAAUCCGGGAAGGACUAACUUGGGACAGCGACGUCGAUAAACCUUGGAUUAUGUGGAACGUCGGUACGGUCGGAAAAUCUAGAAUAGCGACUUCUCUCGAGGAAAGCAAUGGCUGUGUUUUCCCCCUUGGAGUUUUAAUGCUUGCCCUCUGUCUACCUGGUUCAGCUUCGGUAUUGUACGGUGAUGAACUUGGCCUACAAAACACAGCCAACUCCUCCAUAUUAGAACUUGAAAGCACUUCAGUCAUGCAAUGGGACUCUCAAUGUGUUGACAGUUCUCAAGAAUCUUUUGGUAAACUUUCGGAGAUUCGUAAAGACGCGCUUCCGUUACAUAUAAAUGCAAUACUCAAAUAUGACAAUGCUGUCGUUGAAUCUCGUUCGCACAACUAUGCUUUCAAAAUGCUACCCAACAACACGGUGGUAAUUGAACGUUUUUAUCCCCGAAGGCAUCGCUACUUGUUAAUUUUGAAUCUCGGUAUAAGAAAUGUAACUCAUGAUCUUUCGAAAACCUAUUUUGGCGGAUUUGCGUUGGUCAGUUCAACAGGUCGGAAGCAUGGUUAUGUAAAACUAAACGAACUAAAUCUGUCACCUGGCGAAGGCCUUUUGUUGUUGUUAGACAAGUGAGUUAACAACUAUUGCUGGUGCUGAUUUGUUUCUAUUGCAUUAUGCGAACUGCGAUUUAACAAGUCUAUAACGGAUAUUUUACUAGUGCUCUCGUUCAUCUACUUUAUUCUAGUCAAACAAUCUAGUCGAGUUUUACGUCUUGUUUUUUAGCUAUAUUUAAUGUGAUGUAACUAAUUUAGUGGUUAAAUAAUAUACAGGAUGUCUGAUUGA